AACGUUUCCAUGGCUGAUUUCGCAGGUCCGUUCAGCUUUCCAUUUCUGGGGUACUAUGGCCAGGGUAAGCUCAUCAACAAGCUCCUUCACAAGGAGUUCGAGACCUUGGGCACCAAGUACGGCAACCUCAUCUUCUUCAAGCUCUUCAUGGACCAGCCGGUACUGGUUGUUCGUGGAUAUGAUUUGGUCAAGGAGGCGACGUCUAGCCGCGCCUUCUCGGGCGUGGGCCAGCCACUCAUGUUUCGGGAGGCGGCGCUCCACCGGCGGCUCGGGCUCAUCUUCUCGGACGGCGACAACUGGGGUCAGAUGCGCCGCUUCACCGUCCGUGCCCUGCAGGAGCAGGGUUUCGGGCGCAGCCGGCGCUCGGACAACAUCAACUCCGAGCUGGGAGAGGUACUGGCGCGGCUGUCGGCGGCGGCAGGCGGCGGGGGAGGAGUCCGCGUGCGCUACCUGUUCACGGCCCCGGCAGCCAACUCGCUGCUGCAGCUAGUACUCGGGGAGAAGAUGCCGGCGGACGGCCGACUGCAGCGCGCGCUGUACCUCGUCGACAGGAACACGGCCGCCUUCAGUCCGUCCUACCUGCACCUGGAGCUGUUCCCCUGGCUGAGACUCGUGGCGCCGCGGGCCUCCGGCUUCCUCGAGCUCCGACAGAGCAUCCUCGAGUUGGUACACCUGUUUGACCCGCAAAUCGAACGCCACAAGGCUGCUUUGGACGACGCUAAACAUCACGGGCCGCCCAGUGACCUGGUUGAAGCGUUUUUACGAAGACAGCGCGACUCCGUACCGCCUCACGCCUUCUCUAACGACAACCUCAGGGUUCUGGUGCGCGACCUGUUCGUCGCCGGUAUGGACACGGCCAGCACGGUGAUGGAGUGGGUGGUGAUGAUGCUGGUCCAGCACCCUGACGCGCAGGAGCGAGCCGCCGCUGAGGUCGAGGACGUGAUCGGUCGGGAUCGCGCCCCAUCCAUUGACGACAUGCAGACGCUACCCUACGUCGACGCCUUCAUCGAGGAGACGAUGCGGAUGAACCCGGUCCUUCCUGUGAUCCAGCACUCGACGACAUUCGGCUCUGCUUGGCUGGGUGGUCACCACGUACCGGCCAACUGUCGGGUCAUCUUCGACUUCCGCAGCGUGAUGCACGAGCGGUCCUUCUGGGGCGACCCGGACCAGUUUCGACCGGAGAGGUUCCUGGGACCGGACGGGCCGCGGCUGAGGGGGAGGAUGGCCGCCUUCGGGAUGGGUCUCCGGCGCUGUAUCGGAGAGACGCACGCGCGACAGGUGCUGUUCCUGUUCACGGCCGGGAUUCUGCAGCGGUUCAGACUGGAGUGUGUGGAUGUGGGGCGGUGGGAGACGAAUGGAGAUCAGCUGAGCCUGGUACUGAAGCCGCCGGAUAUCGCGGUCACCGUGGAACGCAGGAGCUGAGGAUUGGGACCCUUGGGCGUCGAGUCAGAAGACUCAUCUGAUGUCUACCCACGGCAGAAUGCUCUUUUCUUACCACUAGAUCGCUAGAUGUGAGGAUUAUGCGGCACAGUACGCGAGCUCCGAACCAGUCAGAUCAGUGUUGAAAGGUUGCAAAGUUAUUUGUUCAACGGUGACGGGCUUUCACGAUGAAUACACCAUGAUCUU